AAUGACCCCUCUUCUCAAAAUGGUUAGAAAAAUUCAAACAGAGGGCACUGGAGGGAAACAAUUAUCACGUGGACAAUAUGAAUUUUAGGCACGAUAUGAAAUAGAGAAAAAAUAGGAAUACGGAGAAUAUAACCCUACAUACAUUCUCGGCCAAGCAAAAAAGUUUCCUCCUUUCUUGACAGAAAUAACAUCUGCUAUAACAAUGUGGCUGCGCUUAAUCAAUAAUCCCUAAUUGCAUGUUCUCUCACCGCGAGAAACAUAUGGCUAAUCUUUAACUCGUAUAUAAUCCUUUUUCUUCAUUCUGAUUGUCACUGCUCCGGUGGAUAUAAAUAUAUAAAUAUGAGCAGUUACAGAAGCAGUCCUAAGAUUUCUGAUUCUUCACUUGUUGUGGCUGUCUUAUUUUGUAUGAGGGGCAGAUCAGAUGCAUCACUUAGCUGUUAAAAGCAAUCUUGUUGUCACAGGGCCAGACACUACAGUUUGUAAUAAUCCUCCAAUUUGUCCAAAGCCUCGCAGGCUUGGUUCUGCUGUCCCUGAAUUUAUUAAGACCUUAGGAUAUGAUGAUCAUAACAGUGUCAGUCAAAUGCAUUCUAAUGGAAGUGGAAUUCUGAACAUGAUUACAUCAGGAAAUACAUUGGAUGAAGCAAGAACUCCGUGCAGCACUGGAUGCUCUCAGUCGUGUUAUUCAGGUUCGCCUCCAGGCAGGACGAGCAACCCUUUGAUUCACGAUGUACAGUUUGUUCAUCAGAUGGAGCAAUAUUCUCCAUUUGCCAGAAAGAAACUGCACGGGAAAUUCGCCUUCGCCUCGGCCUCUCCAGCAUGACAACCUGAAAAACUGAAUCAUUUAAAGUAUGAGAAGCAGAACAACGAGAUUAGUUUUGACAGAGACAAUCCAUCUGAGGCCUCUUUCUGUAGUAGGAUUUUUGUUAGAUGUGUGUACGAACUUACAAAAUUUAGAGGAUUUUCGAUGUAAAUACUGUGUGAGAAUUUGUGUUGUUCAGCUGGGCAAAGAGGAAAAUGUGCGGACUAGUCGUAUUACUGGAGAGUAAGUAUAUUAUCAUACUCGAUAAUGUGGCACAUUGCUACAAAUUGAGAUCUCCUCUGUACGACAGAGUACCCUAGCUAGACCUUUGCAAUAAGUUAUUCAUUUCUAAUGUGUCUGUAACAUGUAUUUUUCUCAUUAUAUUUAUGGACGGCUACACUCAAUAUCACAUGCCAUCUGAAUUUGGUAGUAAAAUAGAAAGCAUUCCAAUAAUUUACAAUAGGGGUUUUUUUACAACUAGCAAUUAAAGAAUUCUGUAUUUAGAACUGUUCUUAGUGUUGCUGUUGCAUAUCUAGAACUAGAAUGCAUUUAUGCAACAGAACUCUGAAUUUGAUCCGUGCAAUUUUCACCCCAGAAAUUGGCAUUUGCUAAUUUACUGUACCUUUCACCUUGAAACUAUUGUCAUGAGACUCGUUGAAUUGCAACUUUACUUAGUUCACCAGAGAAGGCCUAA